AUACUGCAAGAAGAAAACAUAAUAUUUUUAACACAAACAAACCUAUCCUUAAAUUUCAGAACUACAUAAUAAGAAACAUUAUUUUUACAGGUAUCACAACAAAAAAUACAUGGUUUACUUGGAAAUGCUAAAGAAUCAGCAAAUGUACAGGGAAAUAAUGUCGAAAAAUUCAUGAGAACAAAGUAUAUUUUCUUCAGUAAAGUACAAUGUAUAUUAAAAUAAUAAAUUUUUGUAUAUAAAUCAUACAUUAGUUUCAAAAAUGUUUGAACAAAUAAAAUAAAACAAAAUUAUUGUUAUAAUAAAACCUCGAAUAAAAUACAAGAUAAAUAAAUAUUUGUACUGUGGUUUUAUAAUUUACAUCUACCAAUAUUAUAGUCAUGAAUCAUGAAUAAGAGGUAUUUUACAUACUGUUAAUGUUAUUUUACAUCAUACAUUAUGUUAACUUAAUAAACUUAAAAAAAAAAAUAGUUAAUAAUCUAAAAAAAGUUAUAACACUAUUAACUCCUUGUAAAUUAACAUUUAUAAUUCUUUGUAGGUUUUUUCGCCAGUCUCUUGGAACGUCUAACUGUGGAAUCUACAUGUUCAACAAUUGCAGAUUUUACAGUUGCAGAAAUCUUUUCCUUGGACUUUGUUUUCUCAAUGUUUGUAUGAUUAUUAAUCUUAUUUGUCGUAUCACUAGUAUUUUUCUGAGUUUUGACAGCCAGGUCUUUUUGGUUUAAUUUAGAUACUUUUACUGUAUACGGAGUGACAACUCUAUUCUGGACACUUUUCUUAUGGCUUACAUUAUGGUCUACAAUUUAAUUGGAAAAUAAUUUUUCAGACAUUAUUAUUAUAAUAUUAUUUGUACAACUUACCAUUGUUUGAGUUUUUUGGUGUGAUAAAUCCAUUAUUGGAUGUAUUUUCAGGAGUUUUAAAAUGUAUAUUUUUACGCUUUAAGGGUUUUUGUAUUAUAGGAUCUUUAAGUGCAGGUUUUAAUGGGGAGGCUUGCUGAUCACCAAGAACUAAUGGUGUCAUUCCCGACCUACGAGCAACAUAUGAUAAUUCCAUGGUCUUCAAUAGCAUAGGAGUAAAACGAACAGGUUUUUUAUUUGAAGAAGUUGGUGUACUAGAAAUAACUAAAUAUUGAAUCAUUAUUAAAAAUGAAUGUAUCAAAUACUGUAAAUGUGUUGGUUUUAAUUACAUUACUAUUUUUACUGGAAUGUAGGUGGAUUGAAGGAGUGAAGGAGUAAAAUGUAAAACUAAAGAUUGUGUGAUACAAUUAAGAUUGGUGUGAGAACUGUCAGAUAAGAUGUAUUAAUGAUGUGGGAAACCAAAUAAAGUAGAGAUAAAAGAUAAAUAAAUAGAGCUAAAAAAAAAGGAUGGAGAUAAAGAGGAUAUUUCACUAGAAAAAUCAAAAUAAUGUAAUAAUUAAAAAAAAAAAAAACAUACGACAAGUGUUAUUGGACGAUUUCAUUUCAUAAAACUUUGAGUGAUUUGAAUCUUUAUCUUUUGUCUCAAAAUUAUUUAUAUUCUUAUCAUAUGGCUUUUUGUCUGUGUUUAAUAAGAAAAGAUGUAUGAUAAUAUUAGUAUACUUCAUUCGGUCACAAAUUAACAGUAUAAUUUUAAAUAUUAAGUUCAUAAAUAUGUAUAAAUAACUAUGGUAGAUGUAUAUUAUAUGUAUUAAGAAUAAUAUUAUAUAGACAUAAACCAUAAAAGAAAUUAAUCCAAACUUACUUUUAGACUUAAGUAAAUUAACACAUGAAGAACUGCCAAGGGGACGUUUCACUUUGGACACUCUAUUGAUAAUUUGUUUCGCAACUGGUUGUAUGGGGACCCACUUGUUGUUUUUUAGUAUAGCAAGUUCAUUGAAUUGGCCUUCUACUUUUUUAACCUAAAAUUAGACAUAGGUACCAUAAGCAAUAUAGUACAUAAAAUAAUAUUUGUGUUACAAUAAAAGUCACUAGACACUAAUUACCUGCAAUAAUAACAUAUCCCAAAAACCAUCCAAAUCAUCUGUGUUUAUAGGCAUUGUUCCAGAAUUAUUAUCAAACUCUUCUAUCAGCGAACGCAUUUGCAUAAAUUUGUCAGUUGUUAAAAGUUUUGUUUGUCCACAAACAACAUCUAUUUCAUCUUUGACAGACUAAAACAAUUGUUAAAGAUUAGUAAAAUAUAUAAACUAAAAAUUAUUUUUAUUAAAAUCUAAAAUAAAAUGUAAGUAAUUUAUUAUUAUUAUUAUUUUUUUUUUUUUUUGUAAAUUAAGUAAAUUAGUAUUUAUUCAGCAAUAUAAAUGUAUUAAAACCAUGACAAAAUAUGAAUACAAAUAUUUUCUAGGUUAAAUAUAAUAUCAAAUCAAAACCAAAUUUUAUUUAAAUACAAAAAUGGUUUUAACACAUCAAAUGUUCUAUGUUAAUCUAUAAAUACAUUUGAAAUUUCUUUUAAAUUGAUGAAUAUUAACUUGUAUAAAAUCAUUUAAAAAUAGUUAUAUCAUCCACAAAUUGGGGAGAUUACCAUAAUUAAAUAUUUAUCUAAACAUUCCUAAAAAAUUUACACACUAACAUUGCAUAUCCUAAAAUAUUUAUUUAAGUUAAAAAUACUUCUGGAAUAUUGCUGCCAUUUUCAAAAGAUAUCUUGGUCCAGUAUUCUAUUUUAUUAUGUAAUUCAGUAGUUUUUUCAUCCAAUUUUUUCCUAUAACAUAACAAAUACAAUAUUAUUAAUAAAUGAAUACUAAACAAAGUAAGUGUUAUAAUAAAUAGGUAUAUACAUUCUAAUCCGUACAAAAAUAAAACUAUAUGUAUUAAAAACAAUUAAAUACCUGUAGACAUCUGCGACAUUAUUAAGGUCAUAUUUGUUAUAAAGCUCAGAUAAUUUUGGUGGUUUAACUGCGAUUGGUUUCCACUUUUGUCCACGAGUCGUGCAAACAUAGGGACUUAUGACAACUUCUGGGAUUGGAGGUCUAGGUAAUAAUUGGUCCAUUGUAUUAUCUAAAUCUUCGACACCAUUUUCUCCUUGUAAAUUUCUAAUCAUUACCGUUGACUGUUUUAAUUUAUUAGAUGAUGGAUCAUUAUUUAACUGAGUAUUGAUGUAGCAUGCCUUUUCUUCUAAUUCUUUUAUUUCUUUAAUUGUACUAAGUUUUACUCGCAAUUUCUCAGCAGGUUUCAUUAAGGAUGUAUCAGCAGGAACACUGUUUAAGUUACUCACUUUGAGAGCUUUAGAUUCAUUUUUUUGGUUUAUUUUAGAUGUCUUUUUUUUCACUCCUUGAUUAACAACUACUUCUAACUCUUGGUCUAAAAAUUAAAACAAAAUUAUUAACAUCUAGAUAUAAUAUAUACCAAAUAUUAUACAGGUACAAUUAAAAUAACAUAUUACUUGAACAUUAAGUUUAACUUACUUUUGAUUACAUCUCCAAUUUUCUCUAAAUUCUCUCUUUUUUUCCCAAUAGGAAUUCUGUUUUCUUUCAUGUUAUAAUGAGGUCUAUAUUAACAGUAAAAUAAAACAUAUUUGUUUUAAACUAGGUAUUAGAUAAUUAACAUGAAUUUGUUCUUUAUAAUUGUCUAAAUUUUAUUAACAAAAUAUUAAAAUCAUUUUAAUGUUUAAUACAAUGUUAAAUAUAUAACAAAACAUAUACAGUAGUCACCCGAUAAUUCGAAAAAUUCCAUAAAUCGAACUAAAUGCCUGGUCCCCUGAGAAAACUUCUAUAUUUAGAAUAAAAUACAUGUAUUUCAGUUUUCUAGAUAAUUCAAAAUAUCUGCCGGUGAGUGUAGAUACUGUACAAUUCAAAUUUUUUUUUGCCAAAGCCUCUAUAAUUUGAAUUUCUUUAUUAUGUACAUACAUAUGUAUAAACUCAAAUAAAUUCAUUGUAACGAUUAUGUUACAAUACAGUACCAUAUAAAUAAUUUAAUAGACACUCAUAAUCAAACUAAUAAUGACGAUGAUAAAAUAUUGCAGUUUGUCUUAAAUCAAUAAAUUUAAAUUAAUUCUUUGACUUCAUCAUAAUCACUUUCAUAAUAAAUCUUAAUUAUAUCAUUUUAUCAAAAUAAACCUCUGAAAUAGGUAAACAGUUGUUGAAAUCAAUAUAACACAUAAAAUUUAUCACCCCUCUUUAAUCCGAAAUAAUUGUUUUUUUUCCUCCAAAAUUCAGUAAAUCGAAAACUUCUAUAAAUCAAAUUUUGUUAGAUGUAUGUAUGUGUGUUUUGUCAAGGGAAAUGUUUUGAAGAGCUCAACGUGUUACCGAGAAUUGUAUCGCAAUAAGAAAAAUGCAGCUCAACUGUCAACACUAGACUCAUUCUUUAAAAAAUAAAUAUUAAUACGUAAGUAAAUCUAAUUAAUAAUAAAAUUGUGCAACUAAAAUAAUUAUAAUACGUACAUAAAUUAUGUGUAUUAUUUUUUGGUAGGAACCUAUUAUAAUACAGUGAAUGUAAAAAGUGUUUCACUUGAAGUUUUUUUGGUUAACAUCGUUUUCCAGGAACCUAACCUUGAUGUUAGGACUUACUGUACAAUAAAAUUUAAAAUGUCAAAAUUAAAAACUAGCAUGGUUUAACUUUAUUGAAGAACAUUUUUUUAAAAAAAAUUUACACACCUACAACCUUUAAAAAUACUUUUCUCUAAAUUUCAAAAUUUCUAGAUUUCCACAAUUUAUGUUCUAAGUAAUAAUGCUUUGUUGCUUGACUGAGACAGUCAAUUUGAGUAAAGUGUCUUCUUGACACAAAUUAACUUUUUUUGUUAAAAUCGUUUUACCAAUAUUAAAAUAAAUAAAUGUAAGCAAUAAUAUUGGUUAUAUUCUCAGUGAUCAUAUCAAAUAAAUGUGAUUAAAUGUUAUGGUCGGUACUUACCCAAUAUAUUUGAAUUAAACACCUAUUAAACAACUAAUUUAUAAUGCAUAUCUAUGUUGGUAUUUAUGAGUUAGGAAUAGAUAAUAAAUUUAUUUUAUAAACAUUCUGUACCUACCAGGAUACCUACCUACUUUAUGGAGAUCAACACAUGGCAUACAAUGGUCGAUAUAAACACAGUACAAAAUGUUAUUUUUUAUAUUUUCAUUAACACAUCUACAAGGUUACCUACAUUUACUUAGAUAGGUACAUUUAUUCUGAAAUAAUUUAUCCAAAUAUUGGUUAGAAAAAUAAAUAUUAAUUAAAUACUUAAUUAAUUGGCAACCUGUAAUGUAAAAUCUAGACAGUUUUUUGAUUAAUUUAAAAAGAACCAAAUAGGUAUUAGAUACCACAUAAAACUUUUCCAUAACCGAAAGGUCAAUAUACCAAGAUUUCUUUUUUUAUCUACUAAUGAAAUGUUUUGAAUUCUAUGUACAAAUACAGGCACUUAAAAAUACAGUCGAUUAAAUAUACAUAAAAUAUAAUUAUUUUUCGUAAUAAAAACUUACUUUUUCGCAGUCAUUCUGAGAAAGUACGAGCACUAAGGUAACAAAAGGAGUUAUAAAACAACGUAGCAACGUAUACAAUCGACAAACGGAAAUCAAAAAAAAUGUUAAUACCUAUUAUAAAAAUUACGUUGAUAAUAUAAUUUUAUAAAUGGCGUUCACAUUACGUUGAGAAAAAGGCAACAACGUCCGACGCCAAAAAAACUAAUAGGUAAAACACAUUCAACUAUUGAAGAUCAAAACAAAAUAACAAUAGAUAUUAGGCGCUUGCGACCAGGACAGUAUUUUUUUUCGAGUACAGCCAAGCCGUUGUCAAAACCGUUAAAUUGAAUUUCGGCCAAUCGGCGCCCAUCUUGGAUGACAGUGUUAGUAGAUAAUGCGGCAAAAAAAAUGUUUCAUUCCGUGUGAGUCAGAAACUUAUAUAUUAUGUGGUGUUGGUGAUAAUAGUAAUGGUAUUAACCAGUGUUUCACAUUUUAAUCUCACCCACGAUUCAAGAUAGCUUAUAGUACUAUGUAUUAUAAAUAUGGGUUGCAGCACAGAAUUAUGAUUAAAUAAUUUAACUCUGGUUUGUAGCCAAAGGAGGAUUAUUUAUUAUUUGUAUUAUCCACCUUGGUUGGAGCCAUAGAUAAUGUAUAUCUGUAGUUGUACCAUGGCUUACAUUCCGUGGUUAUAGCUAAAUUUUUAAUUAAUAAUUUUUUCUACUGUAUGUCUCAGACCAGAUUAGCUAGUUAACCUAACCAAUCUCGUUAUUUUCUUAAAUUCAGCAGAUGCCGGGUUGGUUCAGCCCAGGGCGUUAGACUAUUCAGACUGUUCAGCCGCUAGAAUUGUGUUCUUAAAUUCACUGUUUCUUUAAUCCACUAGAGGAGAGGUAACCAAACUGAUUAUAUUGUCUAUGGUUAUAUCCCACUGGACCUUAGAUCAUGAUAUUUUUAAUUAUAUCCUGAGUUAAUUAUAUUAUGAUCACUGAUAUAGAUAAUAAUCUAGAUUACUAACUGGUGAUAACAGCAGAUGCCAAAAAAAGCCAUGUUGGUUUUAGGCUCUUCAGUGUUAUCAUAACUACGUAAUACCUAAUCUAUCAUUUAGCGGGACGUAUUUCAAAUCAAAUCGUACCAAUUACCACAGAUAUAGUUAAUAAACAUAGACUAAAUUUUAUUACCUACAUACAUAAAAACAUAUUACAAUGAAAAAUAAAUUAUGCACGUAAAUCAUUAAUCAAAAUGAUAGUAUAAAAAAAUAAGAACAUUUAUAAUUAUUAAUUAAUAAUAAACAAUAUUUGAUAAGUAACAAUUAAAAUAAAACAAAUCUGAUUUAAAUAUGAUCUAAAAAUAAAUUAUAUCCAACACCCUUAAAAAAACAAUACAAUAAACAAAUGAGCAAAUGCAUUUUAAAUGUUAUGAUAUUUUAACCUAGUGUCUUGACUUUUGUUUGCAAAAGUGUAAGUAGUGUAUGUAAAAUGCCACUAACUUGUGCUUGGAUAUGCUAAUAGCUAUGUCAUGAUAUAGUGGUUUUUUUUCAAGUAUGUAUAUGUGUCAGUAAUUUUCAAUAUAAUCAUCUAUGCAUACAAUUUUAUUGCAGUGUAACAAUUAUUUUAUCAAAUCUUUUUUGUAUAGAUUUCCAAAUAAUAAUAUAGCUAAAGAAAAAUGGAUAGCUACUAUAUAAAAGGCAAAAUUUUAUUCCAACAUAUCACAGGAUGUGUAAUAUUCAUUUCACUAACAAUGAUUUUGUUCAACGGCCAAAUAUUAUAAAAUAAUAAAUAUAAUAUAAUAUAAUGUAAUAUAAAUCAUUACGUUAAUUAUUCUUGAAAAUAUAACUGUGUUUAUGAAUUAUGAUAAAAUUUAUCUGUGUAUAAUCACAAUAUAAAAAUUGAUAAAUUACCAUAACCUUUAACUAAUAUGGUGGAAAAGCGGUGUCGCCCGGCUUGCUUGUGAAUUUUUACUAUAAAAAAAUAGUUAGAAAUUUAGUUUAUUAUCUAUAUCUGUGAUCAAAGACGUCUUUUAUCGUGUUUGUAUCACAAUCCAAGAAGACGAAAUGGCUCCUAGGUUCAUGACGACCAGGAUGGAGGAGGACAUUUUUGUAUGGAUGAUUUAUUUAAAAUAGUUACAAACAAAUGUCGUCAGAGAGCGUUGUUUUAAUCCGGCCACGCCGAGUACCUAUCUAUUUUUUUUAUCUAUGAUUAUGGACCUACGGGACCAUACCUACUGAACCUAAAAGUUAUUUGAUAACUGCCGAUGCCGACUACUCAAAUACUUGGUAACUCGAAUGUUUAUUGAACACGCAAUAUGAUUCAAGAUUGAACGGGUAUAUUAUAUUAUUACUGUUAUAGGUUUAAUUCAACUUCCCGUGUAGACAUGGCGCACAGAUGAUCGUCGAACCUACCUGUAGUUUACACAUAACACAACUCAUUGCCACCUGUACAACUGAGACGACGCACUACUGCAGCCAGCUAAUAAAACAAAAACGCCCGUUGCCACUGCUGAACAUGAUCGUCGACAAUUUUGAUUAACGUCAUUAACUACGAGUAUGUAUAAUUUUACUGUGAUAAUAACAUGAUGGCCAAAAGUAGAACAGCGAUUGCAGAUUUGAAACAACUAAAAAUCAAUUCUGUCGAAUAACUUCCUCCUUAAUACACCAUCUCUGUACGAAAUCAACUAAGGUAUCGUUUACUAGUCUAUAUUAAUACUGCUAAUUGUGGACUUUUUACCUUUAUGUAUAUACACAAGAAACAAAAAUGGCCUUAGACAAUCUUAUUGAUUCGGUGUCACUUUAUGUGCCUCGUCACAUUGCUUUUCAUGGGGCAAUUUUUCCGUUUGUUGUUCUCUAUUUCUUAUGGUCGUACAUUUGUUUUUCUUUAAAUGAUAUUGGGGAUAUUUAUUUUAUUGGUAUUUUCGCUGUUGCUAUCGCCCAAGUAUUAUGCUCACUCUGCUGUUACUGGUCUGUAUCGUUCAGAUGUCUGCUGUCAUGUCGACGUGUCACUUCUCCAAAGACAGCUUCCUUGGUCAAAGUAAUCCCAAUACCGAAUAAUGGAUUUACAGAAUUAGUGGUAUUAAAAAGGUUCAAAGAUCAAGACCUACAGACUGUUACAUGGUUUAGAUACCAUGAAAUCAAAUAUUUGUGGAAUGAUGAUAAGAAAUGUUUUCAUUCUUUACAAUUUCCAAUUUCUAAUACAAUUGAACAAUAUAUUAAUUGUAAGGGAUACACUAGUGACGAGCAAUUGGCAAAAUCUAUACGAUUAUAUGGUCUAAAUGAGCUUUAUAUACAAUUGCCAAAGUUCAAUGAUUUAUUCAUUGAAAAAGCUACUGCUCCUUUUUUUGUUUUCCAAGUAUUUUGUAUUACGCUGUGGUGCUUUGAUAAAUAUUGGUACUAUUCUAUAUUUACAUUGGCAAUGUUAGUACUAUUUGAAUUUACUUUGGUCAAACAACAGUUACGUAACAUGGAUGAAAUCAGAAAAAUGGGCAAUAACUCAAUUGAUUUGUUUGUAUACCGUAAUAAAAAGUGGCAACUCAUAUUAAGCGAUGACCUAACGCCCGGUGAUAUUGUUUCUAUUACCCGAGGUCAUGAUGACCAAACUGUUCCUUGUGAUUUAUUACUAUUAAGGGGCUCAUGUAUUGUAGAUGAAAGUUUAUUGACCGGUGAAUCCAUUCCACAGAUGAAAGAACCUAUUGAAAACAUUAGCGACUAUAGUAGAAAUUUAGAUUUUGAAACUGAUAAAAAAUUGCACAUUUUAUUUAGUGGCACUAGAGUAGUUCAACAUACUUCACCUAUAAAAUCAACAUCAAGUAUACGUGCUUCUCCCGACAAUGGAUGUAUUGCUUUUGUUUUACGAACAGGUUUUAAUACAUCACAAGGUAAUUUACUCCAAACAAUAUUAUUUGGUGUUAAGCAUGUAACAGCAAAUAAUCUGGAAACUUUAGCGUUUAUUUUAUUUUUAUUAAUUUUUGCCAUUGCUGCAGCAACAUAUUUAUGGAUUAAAGGAACAGAAGAUCCAAACCGAAGCCGUUAUAAAUUAUUCCUUGAAUGUUCUCUCAUACUAACUUCUGUUAUACCACCAGAGUUACCUGUGGAAUUGUCAUUGGCCGUGAAUUCGUCGAUUUUGUCACUUUCAAAAGUCGGAAUAUAUUGUACUGAAGCAUUUAGAAUUCCCUUUGCUGGCAAAGUAGAAAUAUGUUGUUUUGAUAAAACUGGCACAUUAACCAAAGACGAUUUAAUUGUUGAAGGUAUUGCUGGUAUUAACAAUGAAAUGAUGCCAAUGGUACUUGCUCCUGAACAUACUAUUCAAGUUUUAGCAUCUUGUCACUCAUUGGUUCAACUAGAUGACACCUUAGUAGGUGAUCCCAUUGAAAAAGCCUCAUUGGAUGCUAUAAAUUGGUUACUGUGCAAAAAUGAUCUUAUUGUGUCAAAAAAUUCAAAGAUGCCACCAUUAAAAAUAAUGAGUAGAUUUUAUUUUUCUUCAUCUCUAAAGAGAAUGUCUGUUUUAGCUUCUUAUAAAUGUCCAAAAACACAGAAUAAGGUUGUGUACAUAGCUAGUGUGAAAGGUGCACCUGAAGUACUAAAGUCAAUGCUAAAAAGCAUUCCAAGUAAUUAUGAUUGUACAUAUCAAGAACUGGCCGGAAGAGGAGCUAGAGUAUUGGCACUAGCUAGAAAAGAAAUGAAAUUUGAUCCAGAUGAUGUGAAAAAUUUAAAAAGAGAGACCUUGGAGUGCGAUUUAGAUUUUGUUGGCUUUGUAGUAGUUUCUUGUCCUUUAAAACCCGAUUCAAAAAACGUUAUUAAAGAACUUCAAGAGUCAUCGCACAUGGUAACUAUGAUAACUGGAGACAAUCCAUUAACUGCGUGCUAUGUAGCUAAUGAAUUAAAUUUUACAAGAUCUCAGAGUUCCAUAAUUUUGACACUAACUGAAGUCAGCAACAUGUGGUAUUGGGUAAAUGAUAGAAACAAAGUUCAAUUUCCAUUGAUUGAAAAUAUUAAGAAACUAGUUGAGUCAUAUGAUUUAUGUUUAACAGGAGACAGUCUUGCUUAUUUGAAUAAAAAUCAUAAGGAUGUAUUGAAAAAAAUUUUACCACAUGUAUGUGUAUUUGCUAGAGUUGCUCCAAAGGAAAAGGAAUUUAUCAUUAUAAUGUUGAAGGCGUUAGGGUAUUGUACUUUGAUGUGCGGAGAUGGUACUAAUGAUGUUGGCGCUUUAAAGCACGCUCAUGUUGGUAUAGCUAUACUCGCUAGAAGCUUUGAAAAAUUGAAACCUAAAAAAAGUUCGUUAUCCAAAAUAAGAAAAUCCGGAGAAAAUGUUAGCGAUCAAAUGAAACGUUUAAUGAAAGAAAUGGAUGAAGAAUCUGUGACCGUAGUGAAAUCCGGGGAUGCCAGUAUUGCUGCUCCAUUUACUAGUAAAUAUUCAUCCGUGGCAUGUGUAUGCCAUGUUAUCAAACAAGGUCGUUGUACAUUAGUUACAACAUUACAAAUGUUUAAAAUAUUAGCGUUAAAUGCAAUUAUUGCUGCUUAUAGUCAGUCUGUACUUUAUGUUAAAGGAAUAAAGUUUAGUGACUCUCAAGCUACUCUGCAAGGAUUGUUGUUGGCUGUUUCAUUUUUAUUCAUUUCAAGGUCAAAUCCUUUAAAGAUUCUAUCCAAACAACGACCUCUGCCAAAUAUAUUCAACAUUUAUACAAUACUGACUGUGAUGUUCCAAUUUAUAAUUCACUUUUUUAGCUUAGUAUUCUUAGUCCAGAAAGCUGGUACAUAUGUUGAACUUAAGAGUGAAAAUACUACUACAUUUACUGAAACAUUUAACGAGACAAUUACAAAUUCUUCACUGAUUUUAAACGAUAGUCUAUCCACUGUGACAAGUUCUCCAGAACAAGAUAUUGUAGAAGAAUUUACUCCAAACAUAGUAAAUAGCGCAGUAUUUAUUAUCUCCAUGGCAUUACAAAUAAGUACUUUUUCUGUGAACUAUCGAGGAAGACCAUUUAUGGAAAAUUUAUCAGAAAAUAAACCAUUGCUGUACAGUACAAUUAUACAAAUUUUGGUUAUAUUGUGUUUAAGUAUGGGUACAAUUGAUGUACUAAAUGUGCAAUUUGAAAUUAUUCAAUUCCCUUAUGAAUUUCGUUUAGUUCUACUUAGUGUACUCGUAUUGGAUUGUUUUGGUUCUUUUGCAGUUGACAGAAUAUGUUUAUGGCUAUUUGGUGAGGGUAAAUUAAAAAAAAUACCUAUAUAGUAAUUUUAUUAUGAGAAGUAAGUACAUUUUUUAAAUGUUGGAAAAUUUUUUUUUCUUCAAAAUCAUUUAUUUUGUACUGUUAAAUGGCCAAAUGUGAUUAUAAACUUUAUAUUAUUUAAAAAAUAGAAUAAAAUUUAAUUAAAGCCUUUUUUCAUUUAAAUUAAAUUUAUGUAUUGUUAUAAUAAAAUACAAAAUUGUUUCUAAAUUUUAAACUUCUGAAAAUGUCAACAUAGAAAAUCAUUAGUAUAUUUAUGUUAUUAGUGUUUCAUUGUAAUAUUACUAUACUAUUAUGUUGUUGAUAAUUAAUAUAAGAAUGAUUUAAUUUUUAUUUAAUGACUAUUAUAUUUUGUUUAUUUAAGCAUUAAUGUUCCUUUCAGUUUUUUACAAUAAAAUUGGCACAUUUAUUACA